CGCAGGAGUUAACUUAAACAGCUUAAUUGUUAUCACAUAGUGUAUUAAAGAUUAUAGGGGAAAAUGUGGAAAAUGGAAGAAAAACAAAUCGGUAUGGUGCAAUGAGAUCAAUUUUAAACCAUGAGAAUUUAUUGAACUUUGGAACUAUCCGGUACGUAUAUCAAUCAGUAACGGCUAAACAUGGCAUCUACACUUCAGAUGAUUUUCAAUUAAGAUGCAAAUGAAAUUGGACUUAACCAUUCAGUGCUAUUUUACAAUAUUCUGAGAUAUCUGAAUAACGGAUAUUGUGGGUUUGAUACGUUUUAUGGUGUGAUUAAUUUUAAUAACCAAAUGUGAUGUGAAAGAAGGUUCAUGGUUAUUUAAUGCGUGAACAGUAAACUGAUUAGGCGAAAAGUAUGUAAUAGAAACAUAGUGUAUGGAUACAGAACUCAAUCAAGUCUUCAAAAGAGAAUAUUGUGUCAAUAACCGGUUAUAAACGUUAAAAAACAGCUGACAAAGAAAAUAUUUCAUCAAGGUUUUACUGUCGGUGGAACCCGAGUUAACAAGUUUUGCAGCUGUCCGCUGGAUAUAUUUAAAAUAUGCAAAUAUGAGCGGUUGUGCACACAGCAGCCUUUCUGGAGUCCUAGGCACAGCCCUUUCGCGGCUUCUGCAGGAGGCGGUUCCGGAAACCGACAUAGACACUCGCUCCCUACCGGAAACGCGCGUUAUAUUGGAGACUGAGCCGUCUAUUCUGCAACAGGCGCAACUCAGUGGCACUCGAGAUGUCGUCUGCAAAACUCCCGCCGAGUAUAAGGCAAACAAACUGAACAGAAACGAACAGAUUAAAUUGAAUAGUGUACAUUACCGAGUCACGAAAGAGCAAGAAUUAUGUAAAAGACGACUUUUGCAGAAUGAGAAAAUCAUGAGAGCCAAAAGUGCUAAAAUUUCCGAGCGCCUUCGGACUAUCGAAAAAUCGUCAUUUGAGGAUGAUCUACGUUCACAGUUAACAUAUAACAGACCGCUAAAUGGCGGUCAAACCCGAAGCAGGCGGCCACACUCCUACCCGGAAACAAGAUCUGAACUCACGGCCGCGAGAUCGACGCAAUGUCCGCUAUGUGAAAAGAUUCAAAACAUUAUUAUGAUGUAUGAAUGUGAAGGGAAACAUUCAGGAGUUCUUAACGGAGCCAGGGGGCACUCCGUAUGUAUGUUUUCGGACGAUCAGGCGAGAGCAUUUCUUGAAAUCCUAGAAAAGAACAUUGAGAAAGUACCACCACUGAAUCCGAAAUUACGCGCUAGUGGUUUACUUGAACGCUCUGAGCCACUUGAAGCUUGGAACGACACCCCAAAACCUAGGUUACGAACUCCUGUGGAUGUUACUAAAAGGAAUGUUAAUUUUCGGAUAAAUCAAUUUUGCGCAGAUUUGGAUGCGCGCAGGAAGGGGGGAGAGGGAAUUCCUCGGGAGGUGCAGGACGCCGUGGAGAGGGUCCGUCUACAGAACGCGAGCACGCGCAGGAAGACCGCGCCCAAACACUCCCCCAUUGUGCAAGAGGCUAUGAAGAUACUUCAGCUGCAGACAUAGGUUGAAGAGCCUCAUUUUGAAAGCGCAUUUGCAGUCUAACAUCGCGAUUGUUUCAACUGCAUGGAUAAUUUACCAAAUGGACCCUUUAAUGGUCAAUUACUUGGCUAUUUUUUUUAUCCAAUCGAGAUGUAUACAACAACGGCUAACAGUAAAAAUACAAUAGAUAUAAACAUUUUUAAUCCUAUAACUCGGUUUAGGAAAGAUAAGCAACCGGUCAUUAUAGUAUCAUAUAUAGACAUAUAGUGUUCUCAUAUGAUAAGCAUUAUUGUAUAUAAUUGUCGU